AUGUUGCUCGACAAAGAAAAGACCGCAGAGGUCGUGAUCAAGGAUUUCCGCACGGAUGUUGCGCUUGCAGAGAUGAUCCUCUCUGUCAAGACAUUCCGUGGCUUCGUGGAGCGAGCAAUCUCGGCCAAAGCGAGCGAGAUUGCCACGAGGAUGGCAAGACAACGGACAGCAUUGGUGCGGGCUGCAGCAGCAACAGCAGAGGCACACACCGCGUCUGCAGGCGGUGCCGACGUGCUGGGCAGUCUAUUGAAAGAGGACAUACCAGCUUCAGACGAGGACGAAACUAGUGCGCGGAGUCUGCGCAUAGCUGCUGCAUUGCAUGGCUUGUCGCAGUGCCCCGAUGAAUUUGUGAGCCCGUGGAUACACCUCGUGGUGCGCCGGCUGGACGACCCCUCACCCAACGUACAGCAUGCAGCGAAGGUCGCUCUUGGGUGUGUAGGCAGCUCUUGCGCCGAUUCGAUUGCAGAAGGCCUCAGCACGGAGGAUCCCUUACUCCGCGCAGGCUUGGCUCGUGCUCUUGGCUACGUAGGCUGUCCAAACGCACUACCUUAUACCAACAUGCUGGCGAAGUUGUUGGACAGAACCGUUGAGACACAUGCAGAAGUUCGAAUCGCUGCUGCAGAAGCACUUCGUACACUUGGAGCUGAAGCAGGAAAGUCCGCUGCAUCUGCUCUGACAGACUACCUGCUACUCUGCGAAGGUGAGACAGGAUCUCGAGAGAUGGAGGCGGCCCAAAAGGCUUUGGUUGGUUUGCAAGAUGUGACUCACGAGCUGCUACCUCGAAUUCUCGGGGAUCCGCGUCCGGAAAUGAAAUGUGCUGCACUGGAAAUUUGCGAAGCGCUCGGGAGCGUCGGAGCAGAGUUGGUCGAUGGCAUUGUCGAGUCUGCAAGUUGCCCGGAUGACCUAGUGAGGCAGCGCACGGUCCAGGCGUUGAGUGUGGUUUCCAAUGCGGUCAUUUCCAACAAAGUUCUUCCCAAGCUUCUGCAGGAUCCAAGCCUGCUGGUCUCGAAGAUGGCAGUAGCAAUGGCGGGUAAGUUGGGAGCUUCUGCAGCCACUCACGCGAUGGCUGUGGCAAGACAUUUGACCAGCUUCGAUCCGGAUCUUAGGAGAACGGCUGCGCAGUCCUUGGGGCAACUGGGUCAGCUGCCAAAAAGUGUUGCCAAAGAUAUUGCAUCAACCUUCAAGUCUGAGAAGAGGGAGGAGGUGAGGAGGCUGCUGAUCCAAGCCUUGGCAGCUCAAGGAGCAGCGGCCAGCCCCUUUGGGCAGCUCUUCCACACAAAUCUCAAGGACCCGUCCGUGCCCAUGCGUGCUGCCUGCAUUCACGCUCUCGGAUGCAUCGGCGAGGGUGCAGCCGACCAUGCUCCAACGGUCGUAUCGCUUGCGCUGGCGGAUGAAGACGACAGUGUGCGACAAGAGGGAGUUCAGGCCCUAGGCCAACUUGGACGACCUGGAAUUUUUGCACUUGCUGCACGCCUGGAGGAUCCAAAUGCAGCGAACCGACGGUCUGUUUUGGAGGCCUUGCAAGUCCUGUGCAAGCUGCCGGUGACCCAAGAAGCUGGUCCAGCAGUGAUGCGGGCACUGAAGGACAGCACACCAGAAGUGCGCGGCGCAGCAUGCAUGACGCUUGCCCUUCUUGCGGCCGAGCAAGUGGCGCAGGAAUCCGCUGACGGACAACCGGCAGAGAAGGCCGAGGAAGAGGCAAUGCUCGUGGCGAACAAGUUGGCAGGCCUGCUGGAAGAAGACGACAGCCCCGAGGUCCAGGCUGGCUGCCUCCAUGGGCUACGCGCAGUGGGGCCGAAUUUUGCAGGUCCUCACGCGCAGGCUCUUGCAGGGUUUGCUGGUGCGAGCUCGCCAGACUUCAGGCAGACGGUCCUGCUGACCCUCGGAGGUUUACAAGAAGCAGCAGUGCCAUUCGUGGACUUGCUGGUCUCCCACCUUGGAGUCGAGGGAAAGGGAAGCGAGGAAGAUGUGGAAGUCCAGACUGCAGCGGCCACGGCUCUGGCAGAGUUGGGUCUGUUAGCUGUGUCCGCUGCGCCUUUACUGGCUCACCGGCUGUUCAGCGGCUCAACUACCCACACCAGUGAUCCACAGGAAAUAGCAGAACGCAAGCAAGCUGCUCGAUUCACUGUGGCAUCUGCGCUCAGUCCUGCAGAGCCCAGCGGAUGCCAGCAGCGACCGGGCCCCCGGAAGAGCCGAAACGACUGGGAAGCUUGGCAGCUGCCCCGCUUGCCCAGAUCCGACGGACUGGAUUUAGGCUAUGCGGAUGCGAAGGCCGUGGCCGCACAGAGGCAGAAGCAGCCAACCUUCAAGCUCCAGACAGCUUGCAUCCGAGCGCUGGGGUGUAUGGGGGAGACAGGCGCAACCUUGCUCACAGAGUGCUUGGAGCGCACGGAGCCAGAAAUUCAGGCGACGAUGCUCCGGACCUUGCGUGCUAUUCCUGAAGCUUUGAGUUUCAAGGUAGGACAAGCUGUCAUCGGCAAGUUGGAAGAUUCCGAUGCAGAAGUACGACAGGGCGCUGUUGACUUCCUUUACUACGCCGCAGAGGCCGGCAAAGCAGAUGAGAUGAUCAGCCCGGGUAUGUCCAACGAGGAUCCCUACAUCAGGCACCUCCACGUUCAGGCCAUGGCCCUGCUGGAAACCAUCGCGGCGCCCUACGCCAUUGCUGCUGCCCGCCGGCUGCGUGACCCGUGCUGGUCAGUUCGCACCUGUGCGAUUCAAUGCUUGUGCAACAUGGGCCCUACCGCAAUUCCUGUGCUGGAAGGUGGCUUGAAGGAUGCAGAUGUUGAAGUUCGUCUUUCAUGUGUGGAAGCAUUGGGUCGCUUCGGAGAAGCCGCGAGUGACUCCGCGACCGCGCUUGCCAAGUGCCUGUCGGACGAGUCUGAAAUGGUUUGGCAUGAGGCUUUCGAAGCCUUGACAAAGAUCGGUCCAGCUGGUCCCGACAAACUGGCAAAAAGCAUUCAGAGUGCAAGCACACCGCAGGUGCAACAACGUGCUGUGGACUUUCUUGGUGCCUUUGGCAAGGUAGCUGCACCAUACGCCCAAGUCGUCGCCGGCCUCCUGGGAUGCGGCGCAGAGAAGUUGGAGAAGUCCGCGGUGGCAGCCCUCAAGUCCAUGGGAGAAGCUGGCGCGGCCGCCGUUUCGCCAAUUCUGCUGCACCCUACGCCGCCGGUGCACGAUUCCAUGAACAUGCUGGAUGACGAGCUGAAGGAAGCACAACUGCAGCGGCGAUUGACUGCAGCAGCUGCUCUGCGCGAGUUUGGCGAGGACAGCUUCGGACAAGCAGCAGCUGUGGCGCACUGCCUUCACGACCCAGAGCCUCUGGUGCGGAAGGAGGCGGUGGCAACCUUAAGAACUCUGAGCGUUGCCGGCGCCAACGCACUGGGAGCGCUCUUGGAUGCGAGCAUCAAGCUGGAUGUGAGAGUCCUGGCCAUAGACACUCUCGGCAAAAUGGGCGAUGCUGCGCGAGAGUGGAUAGCUCCAUUGGCAAAGUGUCUGGAGGACCCGGCUCCAGAAGUGAGACGGAGCGCUGCAGUCGCUCUUGGAGAACUCGCAAAUACGCACCUGGUGGGCGCAGUUGCGGAGCACGUUGAGCUGUUGGCAACUGGCGUACACGACGGAGAUGCAUUGGCACGCCGUAGAUGCAUAGAGACACUGGGGAAGCUUGGUGGAAGCGCAAAGCCCUACACGGAAUCAAUGGCACAGAUUUUGGAAGGAAUCGAUAGCUGGAAUUGGACGCCCGUGGCAGCAGCAUUGGCUGAAUUGGGUACAGCCACAUCCAAGCAUGCCGACAUUCUGGCAGACAACCUCGCACAUGAUGCCCGGUCUGUGCGGUGGAGCGCAGCCAGUGCACUGUCCAAACUCGGUCCGACAGCAAAGGUCGGGUUCCUGAAAUCGGAAGAGGUUUCGCUACGUUGCAUUGGGGCGCAAGCAUUGAUGGUCAUCGCUGAGGGCCCAAACAGCCUGGAAGAGUCCUUUCUGCCUCUGCUCUCGGACAGCGACCCCAAAGUGCGAGAGCUGGCUUGCCAAGCCUUGGCGAAAUGUGGCUGCCGGCAGACGGAGAUGCUUGCAGAGAAGCUGACGGACACAGAGACCUUUGUUCGGCGUGCAGCAGCCACAAGCUUGGGAGAACUGGGAGAGGAUGCCGCCAAGCAUGCAGGCGACUUGGUCGAGCUACUCCUGGACUUUCACACCUCCGUGUCUAUGGCAGCUGCAGCAGCGCUGAUCGCAUUGGGAGCUGCUGGGGCGACUGCGCUCAUGCAAAGGUUGCUGAACGGCGGCAAAGAGCAAGAGGAGGACACAAAGGAGGAAGCGGCAGAUGAUGACGACGCGGAGCCAGAAAAUGGUACGCUGGAGCGAAUCAUGCUCGAUGCUUUGCAGGGAGCACCGGAACAAGUCAUCGAACCAUACGCGGACGUCCUGGUUGUCUUUCUGGCGGCCAAUGAGCCUGAGAUCCGUCUGGCGGCCUGGGCGUGUCUGUCAAAGGUGUCGGAAAGUGCAUUCGAGUUCAUGGUGAAGCGUGCCACCGACUCGCACAUUGUUGUGCGCAAAGGUGUGGCAGAGGCGAUUGCCUUCUUGCUGGCGGGCAAGGAGGUGGACACACCAACUGGUAUGCAAAGGAAGGCAGCAGAGACUUUGGCCUUGCAGCUUACAGAUCCAAGCGAAGUCGUCAGACUGCAAGCUUGCGAGGAGCACGAUGUUCGAGUGUACCGAUCUGUGAUAGACACUCUCGGCAACUUGGGGGUGGCUGCUGCCCAGCACGUCUCGCUGAUUCGGGCGCGGCUAGAGGCGCCAGAUGUCCAAGUAAGACGGAGCGCUGCCACGGCCAUGGGCAAAAUGGGUGCAGCCGGAGUUCCCUCAGUCCCAAUGCUGGUGCUACGGUUGGAGGAGGAUUCCGAUGUCCCGGUCAAGAGAUGCGCGGUGGAGGCGCUGGGUUCGCUGGGAGCUUUUAGCAAGCCUCGCGACUGCAUCUUCGAGAAGGUGCACAUAUGCAAAGCUCUGUUCUGUUUUAUUGGGAGCCGCAUGACCUUCGACAUUGCGAAGAUGCAGGCGGCUGCACACAUCGCCAAGAUGCACGCAAAUCGCUUGGCGUCCCACCUGAUAAUGAACGAAUCGGCAUGCAUUCGGCAAGCCUGUGCUGAAGCUCUAGGACAGCUCGGCCCGCCUGCUUGCGGUUGCCUGCAUGAGCUCGUGCUGGCUUUGAAUGACUCGGACGUGAAGGUUCGGAGGGCCGCGGCCCAUGCACUCGCUGGGCUUGGAGAGGGGGCUGCUCCAGAAGCCGUGGCGAUUGUGCGGAGCAUUGAGGACACCGUGGACUUGGGCUGA